CGCUCAACAAAUAGUGAGUACAACACGCUCUAGUCCUGAUUUUCUUUCCUUUUCCUUCCAAUUCCUAGAAUCCAAACACAAUAACCUAAAAAUCUCCUCUCGAAAAGAGCGUUCUUUUCUCAAGUUCCCGACUAAAAGGGAAGCAAAGCUACGGUACACACCCUGUGCGCGGGUUAAAUAAUGGCGCCUCACGAUCUCCGCCGUCCGUUCAAGCGUCCGGCGAUCUCCGACCAACAGAAGCGCCGAGAGCUCUCUCUGCUCCGGCAGGAACAGAACCGCCGCGACGCUCAACACCAAGCGCGCUGUUUAGCAUCGUCCAUUGUCUCUCUCCACAACCACAACUCCGAACCUCUCUCCGAACCAGAAGCCUCCCCAGAGCUCGACCUAGUACCCGAAGCCGAAGCACCAGAAUCUGAGUCCGAACCCCAAACUGGCGAAAUUGAUGUUCGUCAGGCGUCGAAGCUCAAGGGCGCCGAAGCUCGUCGGUGGUUCGCGAGACAACUCAUGCUUCCGGAGUGGAUGAUCGACAUUCCCGAUCGCUUGAAUCACGAUUGGUAUGUAUUUGCAAGGCCUUCUGGGAAACGAUGCUUUGUUGUUUCUUCUAAUGGAACAACAAUAAGUAGGCUAAGGAAUGGUUCUCUCCUUCACCACUUUCCAUCUGCUCUACCCGGUGGUGCCAGGAUCAAAGACGUCUCUCGUUCUGCUCAAUCAUAUUGUAUACUUGACUGCAUAUUUCACGAGUUGGAUCAAACUUACUACGUGAUUGACAUGAUUUGCUGGGCGGGUUAUUCUCUCCAUGAAUGCACAGCUGAAUUCAGAUUUUUUUGGUUGAACAGCAAGCUUGCCGAGACUGGGGCUUGUGACCCUCCCUCACUUUACCAUAAAUUUAAAUUCAGUCCGAUUACUGUUUACAACUGUGAUCAGGCAGGGCUACACACAGCUUAUUCAGAGGCAGUACCUUAUGUCAAGGAUGGGCUCUUGUUUUAUAACAAGCAUGCACAUUAUCAAACAGGUAAUACGCCAUUGGCUUUAGUUUGGAAGGACGAGAAUUGUAGUCAAUAUGUUAUUGAUACAGAUAGUAAAGGACAGAUUCCAACCCACCAACAGGUGGUUUUGGAGCUACAAGAUGAUGGGAAAGUGACUACAUCAGAUGAUCCUCCUGUUGUAUUUGGCUGCUUGGAUGGGGACUUCUUACAAAAGUCGGGACUGCAUUCUGGAAAUCUUCUACGUUUCGUUUUUAGUGAUGGAGGAUUAAGUUUUGUGGAUGGGAAGCUUGAGAAGGCUGAGAUGCAUUACCUCGGCAAGUCCAACCGCGCACGUGCUUUUGCAGAUAGUUACUCAAAGGUUAUGUUCCAGUACACAGCUCGGCAUUCUCCUUUACGAAUAGAUGAUCUGCUCAUGUCCAUUAACUCAUCAAGUGAACAAGACAAUGGAACUCUUGAUGUCGAGAUGAUUGGUUGAUGAAGCUGUAACUGACAACGAUAGGAAGCUUUAUUCUCUGUAGUGCCCUCAGGGGCAUAUAAUAUUGCCCUUCAAAGGAUCUGUGUAAUUCUUACUUUUCCUGAAGGCUGAUGAAGCUGAAGGCUGAUGAAGAGAGUGCGCGAAGAACUCCGGAAGAGUUCAAACUGCAGGUGGUUUUGGUGCAUGAAAUGACUGUUCGAUGUCAGUCUUGAGUUUUGGUAUGAAUUCAUCCGUUGGUCAUGUGAGGAGGAUUCUGUCAUGCUGAAAAUUACUUUUCCUGCUUAUUAUCCUUGUAUGAAAACAGAGAUAUAUAUAUAAUAUUAUAUUAUAUCCACAUGCGAUCAUUUCUACAUAAUACAUAUCAAGAAGAACUACUUUUCUUUGUUA